AUGGAAAAUAAAUCAAAUAUAACCAUUGAAGAUAUUUCAAAGAAUGAAACACAAAACUCAGAAGAUCAUGAAUCAAAUCCUACCUCAAAUAAUCUUCAUUCUCGUGAUUUCCAAAAAGCUUGGUCCAAAAAAUUAAUUAUAAUAUCUUACAUCAUUUUAAUUUUCACAACAUUUGUUGAAUCAUUUGCUGCUGAUUCCACAGUAGCAUUAAGUUCAUAUGCAACGUCAUCGUUCAAUAAUCAUACAUUGAUAUCAACAGCUCAAGUUGUUUACAAAAUCACUGCAGUUUGUGGAUAUCCAAUCUUGGCUAAAUUAGCAGAUUUAUUAGGUCGAGGUGAAGGAUUUGGAUUAACUGUUUCAUGUUAUUCAUUAGCAUAUAUUCUUUUCGCUACAUGUAAGAAUGGUGCAGGAUAUAUUGUUGGUGAAGUGUUUUUCGCAAUUGGUAGAAUUGGAUUCAAAUUAUUUCAACAAGUUUUUUUAGCUGAUACAACAAAUCUUUUAAAUCGUGGUAUUUGGUCAACUUUACCUAAUGCAAUCUCUGGUGUUCCAAGUACUUAUGCUGGUAGUUAUAUUCAAGAUGCCUUUUUGGAACAUUCAACUUGGAGAUGGGCAUAUGGAUGCUUUGCGAUUGUUUUAGGUGUUUGUGUUAUACCAUUGACUACUAUAAUGAUAAUUAUUGAUCAUAAGGCUAAAGCUAAAGGUUUAAGAAAAUCUCCUAAAAUAUUAGAAAAUAUAGACAAGAACCAACCAUGGUGGAAGAGUCUUCUCCAAAUCUUGGGGUUUGAAAUUGAUAUUAUUGGUGGUAUAUUACUUGUUUUAGGAACUGCAUUAUUCUUUAUACCAUUCACCUUAACUGGCAAUGCUACUCCAUAUAGAUGGUCAGAAGGUAGACUAAUAGCAAUGAUUGCUAUUGGAUUCAUCAUCAUUAUAGGGUUCAUAAUAUGGAAUUUUUCAUCAAAACAUAAACCAUUGAGAAAUAGAUCACCUUUCAUCCCAUCACAAUCAUUAGCUUCAAGAACAAUCAUUGUGAUUUUAAUAAUGACUGCAUUAGAUGCAAUGGAAAACUCUGCUUUUAAUGUUUAUUUCUCUACAGUUUUACAAGUUGGUGGUUAUUAUUCCGCAGGUCAAGCUACAAGAAUUGAUAAUGCCAAAAAAAUAUCAAUUGAUAUUGGAAGUGUUAUAACUGGGAUUUUGAUGAAAUAUACACACCAUACAAAAGUAUAUGUAUUUAUUGGUGUUCCAUUAUUGAUUCUUGGCCAUGGUUUAUUAGUGUAUUUUAUGAAUCGUAAUGGGGUAAUGGAAAGAACUAUAUUAUUAUAUAUGAUGGAAAUUUUCACUGGGGUUGGUAGAGCAUUUUAUCAAUGUGCUUUACAAGUAACUAUACAAGCUAUAGCUGGUGUAAAUGGUAUAGCUAUGUCUACAGGGAUUUUUUUCUGCUUCCAAAUAAUUGGUGCUUUAAUAGGUACAGCAAUUGCAGGUGGUAUUUGGAAUGAAAUUUUAAUUAAGAAAUUAAAUAAAUAUUUACCAUUAGAAGAAAGGAAAAAUACAACAAAGAUAUUCAAAUCUAUAAAAGUGGCAAUGAGUUAUGAAAAAGGUUCAAUUGAAAGAGAUGCAAUAUCUUUAAGUUAUCGUGAAACUAUACAAAUAAUUGGAUAUGUUGCACUAGGGUUAAUUGGACCAAUGUUGAUUUUGAUGUUUUUUGUUAAAGAAGUUAAAUUGGAUGAAAAAAGAGACGUUUAUAGUAGCGAUGAAGAAGAAAUAUCUGAGAAUAAAAAUGAGUAA